AUCGAUAGAACUUAACAUGCGCGUCGUCUACGGAGUUCAUUUCGUUCGGGCCAUGUGCAAACAAUGGUCGUUAUCUUUGCUGGCGAUUCCCUAACGACAUAAACCAACCAAAUGUUUGAUAGAACAAAGAAAUGUAAACUCUCGCAUAAGAUGAUGAUACGCCUUAAUAAUUUUUUGUACGUUUUUAAUUUGCGCCAAGGUACAAUUCUGAUUGCCGUCCAUCAGAUUGCGCUUUCUUCGUUUAUUUUGAUAAUCUUAUUGGUUGGCAUAUCUCACGUUGGAGAAAUGUUAAACAUGCUACACAACGACAUGGAAGAUGAUGCAGAAAGGCGAGGAUUUUAUGAAGUAGCUUACGGCGAUAAGCUCACUUUUCAUGAAGGCGAAGUUACAAGCAGAAACAAUCAGCGGCGUUUUGCGAAAGCUCAGCAUCUUGCUUCAGUUACAGUGAUAUUCCUGUAUACAAGCACCAUCUUGACCUCGAUAUACCUAAUGUGUUGUAUCUCACUGCUGCAUGGCGCAGUUAAGUACAAACGCGAGUAUGUUCUGCCCUGGAUAAUGGCGGCUUGUGUCGGAGUCGUGUUGCUGAUCGUUGCCAUAGUAGUAGGGGAUGGAUACCCUUGUAUUGUUAAUUUGUUUGGAAGUCAUAACUUUUACCAUUUUGGUUGCGCUCUGUUUGUGCUGACCUUCAUCUAUGCGAUUUGCGCAGUGAGCAGCUUCGCGUUAGAAACGGGCAGCGGGCGAUGUGCUCGAUCUAAUCUGGCCAACAGCGACGAGCGUGGAGAACGCCUAUUGUUACUCGAUCAUGCUGCACACUCGAGCCUGCUUUCUGCCGCACAACUCAAUAAACUCUCAACUGGAACGCGAUCGCAAUUCGUCUAAUUCGUGCUUUUAUAAAACACCAAUUUUCAGAGGUUGAAAAUCUAGCAUUUUAGAAAAUAAAAUAAUAAACAAAUAUGUUAAAACAGGGAUGAUUGCAAAUUGAAAUUAUUUGAGUCAUAGAGAACUUUUAUUAACAUUAAAUUGGA